CGCCUUCUACAAGCUGCUGCUGCGCCGAUGCAAGGGCGGGGACGAAUACCUGGACUCGACUGGGCUGGUGCUGCCACUCGGUCUGGCGGACGUCAGUCGCAUCGAGCCGCGCCUGGGGUAUGAUACCAACAACCUGCAUCUGCUCUUCGGCCCACUAGAUAGGUUCCGCAAUGGCUACCCCGAUUGUCACGUGGCACGCGCUCCGCGUCGUCCACAUCUGUUGUCUCGGAGUCAGAGUCCUCUUUCCUUUGCGAUUCAUACUCUUUUUGAUCUCAUCUGCCUACCUCGUUACACCGAUGACUCGGUCAAUGCCGAGUACAUUGAAGGUGUACGGGCGGCGACGGCAGCGCGUGCGGCAGUCCGUGCAAUGUAGGACUCGGCAGGCUCGGCCCCCCAACGUCGUGUCUGGCCAGAUCCGUUCCGUCCUGCCCUUGUUUACGCCUCCUCACCUGUUGUCUCUCAUGUCUUGCUUUCUUACCACAUACAAUAACUCAUUGCUUCACCUUCAUCACCCCUGCGGCUGAUCCCGGCUCGACUCGUCGACCAUCAAGGAGCCCUUCUCCCUCGGUCGAGUACCCUUCAGUCUUUGGUGGCGUGUGCUCUUUUUGUCUCUUCGAUGCGGACAGGCGUGAUGAGCGAGGAGUCGUGA